GGGUCAGACUUUUUUCUCACACAGCUACUCUGCGCUUUACAGAGGGAAGUCGCAUGCACAGGAAGCCUUUGAAUGCAUGGGGAGAGAGAGAGUAGAAAAAUAAAAGCCAACGCCUGCUGCCGGUCUCAGUGAAGUAUAUGUAUGAUCAGCUCAUGAGAGCACACGGCUAACAGGCUCCUCUCUUAACUGGGUGGAUUGUGUCUGACAGCUGUCUAUCAGUCAACUGGCAGAGCAGAAUGUCACGGCGGGACCAGAGGUUUCGGAGAGGAAUGAAAGGACGGUGUUGUGAAUGUGGCUGCAUCCUGUCUCACUGGUAUUAUGAAAGGGAGGGACAGCUCUACUGUAAGAAGCACUACUGGUCCCGUUAUGGAGAACACUGCCAUGGCUGCAAAGAGACCAUCGCAACAGGACUCAUUAUGGUAGCUGGAGAGCAAAAGUACCACCCUGAAUGCUUCACCUGCAUGAGCUGUGAAAUGGUCAUUGGAGACGGAGACACCUACACACUUCUUGAACGUUCUAAACUUUACUGUGGCCACUGUUUCUGUCAGGGUGUAUCAACUGUGAGGUCAGCUUCUCCACUCACCAAGAGUCCCCACAUGGUGGCGCUGGUGUCUCUCCCUCCCCAUGCAGUCGGUCGACGAGGCCUAACUGUCGCCACUGACUUCAGCCAAGACAAAAGCCUUCUGGUCACUGUGACAGAGUUAGACUCAGCUGUCCUCAGCGAUGACCUGCUGUCCUCUGUUCAUGUGGGUGAUCGAGUACUGGAGGUCAAUGGCAUCCCAGUCCGCAAUAUUUCCCCAGACGAGAUAAACCAUGUCAUCCAGGACACCAGCAGACCCCUGCAGUUAACCAUCGAACACAACCCACAGUCUCCUCCUGACCUCCUUCUCUCAGACACCACCCCAGAUAACAUCACAGACCCAGACUCCCGUGUCCGCGAAAAACUUUCUUCUACUCAGAAACUCCCCAGCCUGGAAGAAGAGCCGAGUCCACAGCAGCAGACCGAUGAACAAAUCAAGAUGAGCCUCUCCCCACCACAGAACCAAGGAACUACGGGAAUGCGAUCCAGACACAUUCUGCGCAGCUGUAGUAUCGAUAAGUGUCCCCUGUCACCUGGAGCAUUGUCGCUUUUAUCUCAGAGGAGAGACAUGGUUCGCUCAGAGUCACUUCGUGUAGACCCUGGAGACCGAACCCACCGCAUCUUCAGACCUUCAGACCUCAUCCAUGGAGAAGUGCUUGGCAAGGGCUGCUUUGGACAGGCUGUCAAGGUCACUCAUCAGGAGACAGGAGAGGUGAUGGUGAUGAAAGAGCUGAUAAGGUCUGAUGAAGAGACGCAGAGGACUUUCUUAAAAGAGGUGAAGGUGAUGCGCUGCCUUGACCAUCCCAAUGUUCUCAAGUUCAUUGGACUGUUUUAUAAAGACAAACGGAUACAUUUUGUUUCUGAGUACAUCCAGGGAGGAACUCUCCGAGAGACCAUCACGAAAAUGGACAAGGAUUUUCCCUGGAAUAUAAGAGUUGGUUAUGCCAAAGACAUUGCAGCUGGAAUGGCAUAUCUACACUCCAUGAAUGUUAUCCAUCGAGACCUAAACUCACACAACUGUUUGGUCAGAGAGAACCAGUCUGUGGUCGUGGCAGAUUUUGGACUGGCGAGGCUGGUGAUGGAGGAGAGGAACCAGAGCAGAACGUCUUCACUGGAGCGGUCUGCCAAGGGAACGCUGUCAGAGCUCCGCAGGCUUGAUCGGAGAAAGCGGUACACUGUGGUCGGAAACCCCUACUGGAUGGCUCCUGAGAUGAUCCAUGGGAAGAGCUACGACGAACGGGUGGACAUCUUUUCCUUUGGUAUCAUGAUAUGCGAGAUAAUAGGCAGAGUGAGUGCUGACCCGGACUACCUUCCCCGGACAAAUGACUUUGGGCUGAAUGUAGCUGGUUUCCUGCAGCAGUACCACCCUCCACAGUGUCCCUCUGCCUUUCUGCCACUGGCUGUCCUCUGCUGUGACAUGGACACAGAUAAACGUCCUACUUUCUCAAAGAUGGAGGAGUGGCUGGACAACCUGCUGAUGAACCUGGACAUCGGCCUGCCUCUGCUCUCGGAGUUAGAGAAUCUCUGUAGAGACUUCUGGCAAAAUAACAACCACCAAAUUCCCGCUCACAAACAGGAACUAACCCUUAUUUCUCAAGAACAAAUCCAGCCUUCACAGCCACAAAGACAAAGCCCUAAUCCUAAGCAACAGUCAGACAAUGAAAAUAACCACAGAGAGCCUAACCUUGUUACUCAAAGCCAAGACCAAAAUAGUAUGCCAGAAAGCCAUUCAAACAGGGAGCAGCACACACAUGACCAUCAUGAACACAGUAACCCCACAGGACAGCUAACAGCCCAGCAUGAGCCGUCACGAUCGCUGCAGGCCAGGAAGUGGAUGCUGGGUCAGUCAAACCGGCCCAGGAGGAUAUGCAGCGCACUGUGGGAUGGAUCUACAGAGGACAGCUCUUUCCUCUGACCGCUAAAGACAGAACAUAUCUACGAAGUCCAGGGAUUUAAUAUGUUAUGAAGACUUGUGUGCCUUUUGAAGUGAAACACGAGGAGACAACUGAAAGUGUCAUAAAGUUGAAAAAAAGAAAUCUGUGGAGGCACGAAACAAAUCAGUAAAAACUGAUAUGGGAUAUUUUGCAUGAGAAGCAGUAAAAAUGUGCAUGUAGCUUGAAAACAAUUACCUAGCAAAUUACAUUGGCCUCAUAUUCUAGCCUAGCCGCGCUAGACCCAUGUUCUGAAGGCACAAGGGUCGAGGACCGCUCGACAGGGAGGGAGGUGGGCUAAAAGGUUGUCUUUCAAAUCACUCUGCAGCAAUUGGGUAGGUAUACAACCAAUCAGCGCAACGAAUAGGCUGACGUAGUUCCUAGAGCGCCGGCGGAUUGUGGCUAAGUCCCAUUAGCUUCCCAACCAGCGGAGCCAACUGGUAUAUUAAGGAUUUGCCAUAUCCCGUUGGCGUAAGUCCAAAUAUGUCUUUCUUCUCAAUGAAACACUUCAGUGCCGUCCUUUGUUUAUCUUUCAAGUUGAGUUUUAGCUUCAAAUCUUUAAGGGCUGUGGCCAAAGCCGAGUCGAAAGAUAACUGUUUAUUGUGCGCCGGUUGUUUCUGUCAGAAUCGUCGCGCCUCUGUCGUCACUUAGUUACGCCCGCCUUCUGACUCUACACUUCAUGGUGAUUGGUCCGGCCAGUUUUAGGAGAAUCCAGCCUCGAGCCUUAUGGAGGGUAACUAGACCCACCCUGGCAGAGAAUUAAAUUCGUUGCCGUGGGUUGUCUAGCGCGGCUAGGCUACUCAUAUUCCUCUGUGAACCAGUAUUUGUGUAGUUGUAGCUAGAGCCCAUCUGAUACUGGAUUUAGAUGAGAAACAUAUUGGCAUUUUUAACCCUCCUGUUGUCCGCAUUUACAGGCAAAAUAUUGUUUCCUUGUCCGAAAAAAAUCCAAAAAUACAGCAAAAAAAAAAAAAAAUCCCCAAAUUUCUGAAAAUUUACAGAACAUUCAGGAAGAAAAUUCCAAUAAUUCCUUAAGUUUUCCUUAAAAGUCUUAUUUGAAAAAAAAUCUCCCAAAUUUGACAAGAAAACCACAUGGGCCAUCCUUCCUCCCCUUGGCCUUGGCUACCCUUGACCCUGUUGCUGGUUCACCACUCUUCCUUCCUUGGACCUUUGGUAGAUACUGACCUCUGCAGACCAGGAACGCCCCAGGUUUGGUCAGCUGCAGGUUUAGAAAUGCUCUGACCCAGUCCUCUCGCCAUCACAGUGGUUUGUCAAGUCCAUUUUUCCUGCUUCUAACAUCAACUUUGAGGACAAAAUGUUCACUUGCUGCCUAAUACAGUAUGUCCACCUCACUAAACAGGUGUCAUGAUGAAGAAACAAUCAGUGUCAUUCACUUCACCUGUCAGUGGUCAGGGCAUCUCGAUAAUACAAUUUAUUUUUACUAAUCGGCCAGCAUUAGGGUAAUAUUAUGUCUGUGUAAAGCUAAACCUUGCUGGUCAGUUCAUCACUUGGGCUCUAGUUUCAACUUUGUCCAGACGCUGUGAAACACAUGUCACUUUAUACUUUAAGCUAUAUUGCAUUAUUUAUCAGAAUGCCUUAAGUAUUUUCUCUUGACAAAUGUCAAGCCACAUGCAAUACACGGUUCUGUGAACAUUAAAUAAAAACUACUGAUGCUACAAUAAAUAGGUAUGCAAAUGACUACUACAAGAUUA